CACACACACACACACACACAAGCACAAACAGGGGUGGGAGGGGUGACGCUGGAAUUCGACGUCCUGUUUGUGAUUGGCUAAUCUGCCAUUGCGUUCUUAGCGAAUAAGAGAGUGGCCGUUUUGUCUAUAUCACGGAGAGCUCGGGGUGGAACGUUUAUUUCGGAGUUGUUCGAACAGAUUUGAGCAUCAAGAUGAGUGGCAGAGGAAAAACCGGCGGAAAAGCUAGAGCUAAGGCCAAGACUCGUUCAUCCAGGGCUGGACUUCAGUUCCCCGUGGGACGUGUGCACAGGCUUCUGCGUAAAGGCAACUAUGCCGAGCGCGUCGGUGCCGGCGCUCCGGUCUACUUAGCCGCAGUGUUGGAGUAUCUGACCGCUGAGAUCCUGGAGUUGGCCGGUAACGCCGCCCGUGACAACAAGAAGACCCGUAUCAUUCCCCGCCACUUGCAGCUCGCCGUGCGUAACGACGAGGAGCUGAACAAACUGCUCGGCGGAGUGACCAUCGCUCAAGGUGGUGUACUACCGAACAUUCAGGCUGUGCUUCUGCCUAAAAAGACCGAGAAGGCCGUCAAGACUAAGUAAACUCGUCCACUGCUGCUUUGUCAGUACCCAAAGGCUCUUUUAAGAGCCACCAUCUCUACUUCAAAAGUGCAAUUUUACACCCGUUUUUCUACUGAAAGUGUGCACUAGAAAGUCAGCACGUUUGAAAUGAAAACAGAAGCGUUAUACUUUGCUAAUAAUUAUGUGAUAACGUUAAGUAGUAGUAGUAAUAGUGGUAGUUAGCGUGUUGUCUAAAUGAAAUCUGAGGAGUGAAAUUGUGCACUUUUAAGACAGCAUAUUUAUAAAUAAAAAAAGGACGAUAAUUUUGUAGUCAUGAUUUAAUACCAUAUUUAAGUAAUGACUAUGAGAACAAUAGCAGUUAGCGUGCUGGUUAAAUGAAGUCUGAGGAGUGAAAAUGGUUUGUGACGGCGUUGUGUGUGUUCCUAAUGAACAAAGCAUUUGUAUUAGAGAGCGCGCCAAUAGAAUAGAAUUGUGGCGGGCGUCUUAUGUUUCGAACGGUGGCAGAGAAGACGGUCCAAUAGUCAACAGGUGACGUAAAAGGUUCUAUCGAAUAGCAGACGAGCGCGUUCGAGACGCCCAAUCAACGCAGGGCGGCGUUAUGGCUUAAAAAGGCC